GACUUUGCGACAGCUGCAUUGCGGACAGUUGUGGCUGGUGUGACCGAGAACAGCGGUGUCUCGGGGCUUCUGCCACAUGCGGACCAGGCCACGCCCCGGUGUCAGUGAAUCUAAGCAGCUGCCCUCCUCAGGUGCCACGCCAGACCGACUUCCGGCGGCAAGAUGCCCUGGAGAUGGUUCGCUAUGCGUGGGCAGCCUACUACGACGAGCCUGAGAGGCACGGACUGCCAGACUCAGCGGAAGUGGUGAAACCAUUCCAUUACCGGAUUGGAAUCUGGGACAAUGCUUUUGCGUACGUCGCUCUGGACUCGUCCGCAAAUCGGAUCGUACUUGCCUUUCGUGGAACGGACACCUUGACACAGCUGAUGGUUGAGCUCAUCUCGCAUUCUCUGGUGCCCUUCAUGACGGGCAAUGCACAGGUUCGCGUGAACGAGUUCUUUCUGGCUGCAGCAGAUGAUCUUCUUCCACAACUAACACCGGUCUUGCGGGACUUGGAGAUAAAGUGCCCCACUUGCCAGCUUUGGAUCACCGGGCACAGCUUGGGUGCUUCUAUGGCACUUCUGGCGGCGUUCAACGUUUCGUUUUGGACCCGCGAGGAGCCCAUCCUCCUCACCUUCGGCCAGCCUCGAUCCGUCAACGGCCCGUUCGCUCGAAUGAUGGAGAAGAGGCUCUCCCGAAUCUACCGCUUGGUAAAUGCAAGGGAUCCCGUCCCGCACAUCCCCAGAUGCCACAGGAGCGACGCUGCGCUGAAGCCUGAGAGGCAGUACUGCAGGUAUCGUCAAGAAAUCCCGCGAUGA